CAUGCAGGCCUCUGGACAUUACAAGGAGAAGGUACCAUCAGCAGCAGGUUGAGUGAAAAGAGAAACAGAAAGUAGCCUCUCAGCUGAAAAGAGCCCUUUUGCUCAUACACAUGGCAACACAUGAUGAUUUCACAGCAGCUAAGUACCGAGCCCCUGUUGCGGUGUAUUGUGGGAGUGUCCCCAAAGUCAAACCCAGAUACAGAUCGCUGCGAGGGGGAAGCAUUGAUUCAAACUUGCAGCUGUAUGGAAGCAGAUGGACGACAGCAGAUGAAGCCUCUCUUCAGUCUGUACUGAAAGUCCAGAUGACGAAACAGUCAUGCUUGUGGAGUGGAGAUGGGGGCCCACCUUAUCCCAGAGCCAUUUCCUCUCUGGAGGGCUUGGACAGCCCCACCUUGAAACAGGAUCUCAAAGAACUGGAGGUGAGAAGUGCGGCUGUGGAAACUGCUCAGAUCAAGGACAAGCUCAAGAAGAGGAGGAUCUCUGAGGGCUUAUUUGCAUCACACAGAGGUUUGCUUGACUCCAGUGGCCCCAAGGAGGUUGCCCUGAAGCCAGCUGUUUCCAGAUCUGCCUCUCAAAGGCUGCUGAUAACUUCCAAGCCCAUGCCUCCCAUUCAGAGCAUCCCUACCUCCCCAGAGGCCAACGGCACAGAUGAAAGGGAGAAGACGACCUUGGAGAAUGGCAUGGACAGCUGGGGCUGUGGUGAGACCUACACUGAAUUGACUCCAACUUCCCAAGAGACUUCCCAGCAGUACUUGCAUUGCAAUGAUGAGAAGAUGAGGAAGUCAUUAGGUUCUGCUUUGAUUCCACCUAUUCCCAAAUCAGUGAGACCACCUGACAGAGACUCUGGCAAUGCUCCAAUGCCUCUUUCAAGCUCUCGGCAAUUGGACCAGGCUGCUCUCACUAUACAGGAGUCUGCUGAGAUAAGGUCAAGGCCAGACAGCAAUGCUGAGGAGAAGAUCCUUAAAUCUCUGGAAUUCAGAACUCUGGAACCCAUUUUGCCUGCUCCAAAAAAUGGCUUGACCAGUAGCAUGAAGCCUGGUGAAUAUUUACUGCCAUUAACAACCCUCUACCUCAGCCAGGCCAAGGAGACAGGACCCUUAUCGAGCCCUCACCUUUUAAAGGGUGAUGAUUGGAAGGAGAGCAAUGGAAGGAUUCAUGUCACAAUAUCGAAGUCAGCUCAGGAGAAAAUGCGCCAGAAGCAAAUGAAAGAGAUGGAGCUUUUGCGGAGGGAGAAGGAAAAAGAGAGAGAGAAGGAAAGGUCCCUGCAGUUCCAUGAGCAACUUGAGAACAUUGACCCAGGCGUUAUUGCUCAGGAAGUCCCCACAGGUUUUGGCUCACUUAACACCAAUGGGAUCAUCUCCAUUACACCCAAUGUGAGCAACCCAUGCAGAGCCAGCGUUGGCAUUGCCUUCAAGAAACGGGUCAACAGGCCAUCUCUGCCUAGCAUCCCCAUCAUCAGUCAUGACAGCAGCUUCAUGCAGCACUCAUCAGCUAACUCCCUGCCAGCAAACACUCUGGAUUCUCCAGAGGGGGAGGAGUCUGAAAGCAGGGAAGCCUUGGAGAUGAGACCCUUCUCUCAGCCGGAGCAAGGACUGGUUGAUGCUCUCAAGUGGCUCAAUAGCAAUGACUGGUCACUGAAGGAGAAAGGACUUUUCAGCAUCAAAUGCCUGGCUACCUGCCAUUCAGAAGUCCUCCUUUGUCAACUUCAUGAUGUUUCCUUGGCAGUUACCAGAGAGGUUAGCAACCUCCGCUCAAAGGUGUCUCGCUUUGCUAUUAGCGCCCUUGGCGAGCUCUUCAGGACCAUGAAGAAGCACAUGGACCAGGAGGUUGAGGAGAUUGCCCGGGUCCUGCUCCACAAGACAGGGGAUUCCAGCGAGUUCAUUCAGAAAGCAACUGAUCGAUCCCUGGGCAUCAUGGUGCGGAGUGUGACUCCCAUGCGAGCAAUGGCUGCCCUCAUGGCCGGUGGAGUAAACCAUCGUAACCCCCCCGUUCGAAAGUGCGCCGCUGAACACUUAUUGACUGUCAUGGAACAGAUUGGGGCUGAGAAACUUCUGUCAGGUACCAGAGACAACACAGAAUUACUGGUCCAGACUCUGGUGAAGCUUGCUCAGGACUGCAAUCAAGACACUAGGUUUUACGGCCGAAAGAUGCUGAAUGUGCUGAUGCCUCAUCCGAAAUUCGAUGGCUAUUUGAAACAGUCUCUCCCAUCACAUAGUUUGAGGGAUGUUAUGGCAACAAUAAAGCAGAAAGGGAUGGAAGACAAUGUAUCUGAACAUCCUUCUGCCAAAGGCCGCAGGGAGUCUCGGAACAGCAGCUUAACUACUUCCCAGGAUAGUCUGCCUUCCAAUGAAGGCUCCAGAUCAGACAUCCUAACACCAGCACAGUCAGUGGUUCGUCGAUCAUCUCUCCGUAGUGUGGAAGCAAUGGAGCAACUCAAGGAGCUGAACAAACUCCUGAUGGCCAAGGAGUUUCAGACACGAAUGGAGGGAGUGACUCUGCUGGUGGAGCACUGCAAGAACAACCCCCAGUUUGUCUCUGCAAACAUUGUCCAGAUUUUUGAUGCUUUUUCCCUGAGACUUCAGGACUCUAACAAGAAAGUGAACCAGCAUGCGCUAGAGUCAGCUGCCACCAUGAUCCCUAUCCUCAAAGAUGGCUUACACCCAGUCAUGGUCUCCAUGGUGACGGUUGUCACGGAUAACUUGAACUCUAAGAAUUCUGGGAUUUAUACUGCAGCAGUGAAGGUGUUGGACACAAUGAUCGCUAAUCUAGAUAAUGCAUUGCUUUUACAAGCAUUUGCCAGCAGAGUGCAUUUCAUCAGUGGUCGAGCCAUGCAGGACAUCACAGAACACCUGUCAGCGCUUGUAGCUUCUGUAUACCCUCGGAAACCCCAGGCUGUGGAACGUCACACCCUGCCUGUUCUCUGGUAUUUCCUGAACAACAUGAUCGGAAAUGGGGUGUUACCUGGUAGGAGCGGGAAUGUCAGGACUGUGGUCUGCAAGCUUGCUAAAAGCCUGUACAAAGAGAUGGGACACAGCCUAGAGGAUCAUGCUUCCAGCCAACCACAACAUGCAAUAAAAUCCCUCCGGGACCUUCUAGAACUCCAGUGAAGGAGGCCCAGUAGCCUUCAGGACAGUUUACAGUGUGGCACUUGAUGGGGUUGAUAAAUGAAGUGGUGGACAUUAUACUGGCAAUGAUUUUAUUCUAUGUGUUUUUGGAGAAAGGAAUAAGUUUAUAGAUCCAGAUGUAUAUAGUAUAUUUUGAAGUAGAAUUAAACAAAUCGUGUAUUUUUAUAAGGUUUUAUUUCCUGAACUUUUGUUCCUGAGAGGUUUUACAUAGAUUUUUUUAAAAACAAUAAUUAUGUAUAAAUGUUGUGCUUUGUAAUUGUGUAAAAAAGAAAAUAAUGUAUUUAUACACAGGCACAUUUAGGAAGGCAGAGAUGGGCCUUAGACACAGUGAGUGAGAGAGAGAGAGAGGUGGAUGAGUGGGCCCCAGAAGCAGAGAAUGAGAGGCUGAGAAAAUAAAUUGAGUGAGGAAGAGAGAACUAUGCUGCCCCCAAGACACAAAGGGUAUGUCUACAUUGGAGCUGGGAGAUUUGCACUAGUGGGGCUCAAGCUAGCAUGCUAAAAAUAACAGUGUGGACCUUGCAGCUCAGGCUGGAGCUUGGGAUCUGAAGCCUACCUGUCCCUCUAGGCUUGAGAGUCCAAGCUGCUACCCAAGCUACAAUGUCAACAUUUCUAUUUUUAACACACUUCUUAGAGUGCCACUAGCAUGAGUUUGCCUACCCGGGCUGAGAGGCUCGCUCUUAGCCAUAGUAUAGACAUACCAAUAAGAGCUUGUGGAAAGGGGGUAAAGGAGAGAGAGAGAGGUGGGGCUCUGAAAGCAGAAAAAGUGACCCGGGUGUAUAUCCAGAUCUGAAAAAUUGAGCACUCCUACACAUAUUCACACAACCUUGAAAGGCAGAGGGAAAGAAAGAAGGAGAGAUAUAUAGGACCCUGAACACAGGCAGAGUGAGGCACAUGGGGCCCAUGAGAGCAGAAAAAUAGAAGGACCUUGAAAAUGGGGUCUGGCCCAUUAAGUCAGAAGGCCAAAGAGCAGCACAGAAGGACCCAGCCAAUGAGGCCCAUGAGUCUGAGAAUUUUAAAUUUGUCUUUAUUUUUUCAUACAAGUAGUCUAACUUGUUUUGCAUUCUGUAUUAUCUUUCUGUGAAUUCCCCUUCAUCCCCCAUCACCAAGGUCUUUUAUUACAGUAAAGAAUGGGUGAAAUGAUUCAAACCUUCUGAAGUGUUUUAGAUUAACUUAGAACUGCAUAUGUAAUGUAGUGUAAAUGUAAUGUUCUAGAGCACCAGGAACUCAGAAUCUUCUGGAACAUUCUAGUGCACUCUCUGGGCCAGGAACCUAGUUCUGCAACAUUACGGAGUGCCCUGGAACUGCCCACCUUCAGAGAUCUUCUAACAGCAUCCAGGAACUUAGUAUCUUCUGAGGUGUUCUACAGCGCCUUGGAACUUGGAAUUUUGGAAGAUUGUUCUACAAGUCAAGUGAAAAUGGCAUAGGCUUAGUGUGGUGUGUAAUUGUUCUUUAGAGAAGGAGCAAGGCACUGCAGAAAACACCAAACGCCAAAACGUUGAACUGAGGUUUCUGUGGGGAGUGAUACUGUUAAAGAAUGACCUGAGCUAAAUAAGCAAAGCCUGCAUUACAUUUACUCCUUCAAGCAACUUGAGCUUGCUCGCUACGCAGAGCUUAUUUUAAAGUUUUGGGGUUUUUUUAGGGGUAGCAUCUUCUGAGAUCCCGUUUCUCCCUCCCUCAAACUCAAAGUGCUCUCUCCUCACAGUUCCCCUCCCUUUAGGCACACGUCCCUCUAGAGCCCUUCACUGCUGAAUAAAUGUUCUUUGUUUUAGCUUCUUCUUCAGCUUCUCUCUAGCCCCUGUGGAUACAGUGAGAAGUUUUUGUACUUAGGAGAAAAGAAGCUUUUGUGUAUAGCAAAAGAAACUCCCCCCCAAGUCAGUUUUAUUUGUUCAGUUGUAGGGUUCAUGGAGUCAAAUUAAAAGGUAAUUUAUGUAACCAGCUCUUAAUUUGCUACUGGCCUAGAGUGUUGCUCAUGUGUAUAUUGUUUCACAGGGUUGAUGGGAAUAAAGUGUUUCCUGU